AGCCUGCCGGAAAUUCACAAGAGGAAGAACAACAACACGGCUUCCCCGGUCCACAACUGGACUCUGAUGUUAAGGGAGACGUGUACAAUAAUUCUGUUUAGUAAAAAGUAGAAUUUCAGAACAGCUAUGGAUAUAGCGCUGUAUCUGAUAGCUGCCGCUAUCCUCAUUGUCCUGAUUUUGUUUGCGUUGAAGGUGCGGAGGAAAACGCAGGAAGCUGAUGAGGAGCAGCAGAGGGAUGUCAUCCGGGCGGCAAGGCCCCCUCAGGCAGCGGCAGAGGAGCGAGGAGCCGGUAUGCCCCGCAGGAGGAGGAACCUUGCUGCCGUGAUGGCCAACCGACGACCACAGAGAGAGGCUGUGGAACCUGGGGACGAGCCUGGGGAGCAGGAAGAAGAGAUGGAGGAGCAGCUGCAGCAGCAAAGUUCCCUCCCGACAGCCAAAGUUGGAGCCAAGAAGCAGAAGAAACUGGAGGAGAAACAGGCCAAGAAAGCCCAGAGAGAGGCAGAGUUGGAGGAGAGAGAGGAGAGGAAGAGGAUGCAGGAGCUCAGAGAGCAGGAGCGACGUCAGGAGGAGGAGAGAGAGCGACUCCUGGAACAGAGACAGGAGGAGGACGAGCGCCGCACCAAAGAGGAGCAGGACAGACGGGAGGAGGAGGAGUACUUAAAACUCAAAGCGUCCUUUGUCGUAGAAGACCAGGGAGAGGAGGAGCAGCUCACUGAAGACCAGUCACGCAACCUGCUGCAAGAAUUCAUCCAGUACAUCGAGAGCACUAAGGUGGUUCUCUUAGAGGACUUGGCUUCUCAUUUUGGAAUGAGGACACAGGAUGCUAUUAACAGACUGCAGGACCUGUUGGCUGAAGGCUCCCUCACAGGAGUGAUUGAUGACAGAGGGAAGUUUAUCUCCAUCACUCCAGAGGAGCUGGACUCAGUGGCUCGGUUCAUCAGACAGAGAGGGAGAGUGUCCAUCACAGAGCUGGCUCAGGCCAGCAACUCCCUGAUCAACCUGAUGCCUGAGAGCCGCAGCGCCGCCUGAUGGACACGUUUCAUGACACUUCUGAAAAAUGGUCAAGACUCCAAGCUGUGUGGCCAUUUCACUCAGCUGCUGGUGAUAAGCACAUACUGGACUGUGUAUGACAUUAAAUUAUCAAGCCCAUCAACGUGGCAACAGUGACUUUGCAUUGUUGUGAAGAUAAAAGUAAAUAUGUGGAAAAAUUGAA